AUUUUGUGUUGGCUGGAGCUGGAGUAACAAGAUGGCGUCGUCGGCGGAGUGACAGGGGUCCCUCCGGGCCGGAGCCAGCGGCAGUGCUGGCAGUGGUAUAGCCGCCCUAGCUCACCGCGCCCCUUUUUCUGCCCGUGACGUCGCCGCUCAAGCGGGGCAUCGGCGGCCGCCGGGAAACAAGUGGCCCAGCCUGGUAGCCGCGAGAAGCCCUUCACAGACUGCGGCCUGGCAAAAAGAAACCUGACUGUGAUCAGCGGCGGCGAUCAGGUUCCCCUCGGCUGAUUCUGGGCCCCGAACGCCGGUAAAGGCUUCUGUGUUCCGUUUCCUGCCGCCUUCCUCCGUAGCCUUGCCCGGUGGAGGAGCUCGAGAGGUCUCCGUCUUCCCCUCAGAGGUGUCGGGGCUCGGCCCCAGCCUCCAUCUUCGUCUCUCGGGAUGGCGAGCAGCAGCGGCUCCAAGGCCGAAUUCAUUGUCGGAGGGAAAUACAAACUGGUACGGAAGAUCGGGUCUGGCUCCUUCGGGGACAUCUAUCUGGCGAUCAACAUCACCAACGGCGAGGAAGUGGCAGUGAAGCUAGAAUCUCAGAAGGCCAGGCAUCCCCAGUUGCUGUACGAGAGCAAGCUCUAUAAGAUUCUUCAAGGUGGGGUUGGCAUCCCCCACAUACGGUGGUAUGGUCAGGAAAAAGACUACAAUGUACUAGUCAUGGAUCUUCUGGGACCUAGCCUUGAAGACCUCUUCAAUUUCUGUUCAAGAAGGUUCACAAUGAAAACUGUACUUAUGUUAGCUGACCAGAUGAUCAGUAGAAUUGAAUAUGUGCAUACAAAGAAUUUUAUACACAGAGACAUUAAACCAGAUAACUUCCUAAUGGGUAUUGGGCGUCACUGUAAUAAGUGUUUAGAAUCUCCAGUGGGGAAGAGGAAAAGAAGCAUGACUGUUAGUACUUCUCAGGACCCAUCUUUCUCAGGAUUAAACCAGUUAUUCCUUAUUGAUUUUGGUUUGGCCAAAAAGUACAGAGACAACAGGACAAGGCAACACAUACCAUACAGAGAAGAUAAAAACCUCACUGGUACUGCCCGAUAUGCUAGCAUCAAUGCACAUCUUGGUAUUGAGCAGAGUCGCCGAGAUGACAUGGAAUCAUUAGGAUAUGUUUUGAUGUAUUUUAAUAGAACCAGCCUGCCAUGGCAAGGUCUAAAGGCUGCAACAAAGAAACAAAAAUAUGAAAAGAUUAGUGAAAAGAAGAUGUCCACUCCUGUUGAAGUUUUAUGUAAGGGGUUUCCUGCAGAAUUUGCCAUGUACUUAAACUAUUGUCGUGGGCUACGCUUUGAGGAAGCCCCAGAUUACAUGUAUCUGAGGCAGCUAUUCCGCAUUCUUUUCAGGACCCUGAACCAUCAAUAUGACUACACAUUUGAUUGGACAAUGUUAAAGCAGAAAGCAGCACAGCAGGCAGCCUCUUCCAGUGGGCAGGGUCAGCAGGCCCAAACCCCGACAGGCAAGCAAACUGACAAAACCAAGAGUAACAUGAAAGGUUAGUAGCCAAGAACCAAGUGACGUUACAGGGAAAAAAUUGAAUACAAAAUUGGGUAAUUCAUUCAUUUCUAACAGUGUUAGAUCAAGGAGGUGGUUUUAAAAUACAUAAAAAAUUUGGCUCUGUGUUAAAAAAAAAAAAAAGACGUCCUUGGAAAAUUUGACUACUAACUUUAAACCCAAAUGUCCUUGUUCAUAUAUAUGUAUAUGUAUUUGUAUAUACAUAUAUGUGUGUAUAUUAUAUCAUUUCUCUUGGGAUUUGGGGUCAUUUUUUAACAACUGCAUCUUUUUUACUCAUUCAUUAACCCCCUUUCCAAAAAUUUGGUGCUGGGAAUAUAAUAUAAUAUCAAUCAAUCCAAAAUCCUAGACCUAACACUUGUUGAUUUCUAAUAAUGAAUUUGGUUAGCCAUAUUUUGACUUUAUUUCAGACUAACAAUGUUAAGAUUUUUUAUUUUGCAUGUUAAUGCUUUAGCAUUUAAAAUGGAAAAUUGUGAACAUGAUCUAAUAUCAAGAGGUGAGUCUGGCAUUACCCCCGAAGUGUCCAUCUUCUCAGUUGCAGAGCAUCUCGUUUACUCUCUUAAAUGCUCACAUAACUGCAAAACUCAGCACAUCUUUUCUAGUCACAAAAAUAAUUCUCUUAUUUGCAGUUUAACCACAUAUGAUCUUAAUUUCAAAAUAAUUUCUUUGGUUUUGGCUUUAUUUUUUACAAUGUUGCAAAUAUCAGGCUCUCAGGGUUUAAUGUGCAAUUGAAGUCUACAGUCAGGCCUUGCAAAUUGAAGAUGACUGGGGCAAAUGCCAUUGAAACUGCUGGUCUAUUUCCUUUCUACCUUUCUCUGGCACUCUUACUGCCUGUAAGGAGCAGAACUGUUAGGGCACACUGUUGCCAUACAGUUUGACUCUCAUUUUCAUGUUUUAUUCUUCUUUUCCCAUUUCUGGGGCUUACUUCCUGAUAGCUGCCUACUUUCUGGAAGUAGUGGGCUUUCUGGAAGUAGUGGGCAAGUAAGAUUUGGCUUUUGGUUUCUAAUUUUUAAAUUUCUGAAUGACUGCUCUAGUCUGAACUUGGCCUUUAUAGAUUAAUAUUUGCUUCACAUUUUAGUGUUGUAUUUAAACUAUUUUAUAAUUUAAAAAUAGAUUCUAAUCUGAAGAUACUUUUCGAGAAAUAUUAUUAACUGAUGUCAUCCUCAUCCCGGGAGCUCAUCUGUUAGGAAUGAAGUUGAGAUGCUUCUCUUACAUGUUUCUGUAUUUGGGAAGGAUUCAAAGUUGAUGGUUUAUUGUCAUUGGGAUUUUCAGAUGGUGACAUUUCAACUCAGGAUAGCAAACACUAAUGUUCGCCUGUGCAUCUCAGUUGUUCCUUAAUUGCCCCUUUUCAGUGUUUUAAUCAUUGUAUAACUAAUCAUAGUGCCAAGAAGUUCAUAAUGUGUUAUGUGGCUAGUGUCACUGAAAAACGGUCCUACCAUUUAAGUAAGAGUCUCUAACCCAAGGACUUACUACAGCUGACACCUAUAGUGUAUUGUGCUUUUUCUCACAAAAUGAGACCAAUUCUGCCUAAAGCUAGCUGGGAUAAUAGGAUCAUCACAAGUUGCAGUUUCUGUAACUAUAAUUAGAUUGAAAUCUCAUCUGACCUAGAACAUUUUACUUCGGGCAUUCAGCAGACUUCAGAAAGAAUUAACUUUUUUUUUAGUUAGUUCCUUUGUUAAUUUACUAUGUGUCUCUUAUUCAAUAAACGAGCAGAAUUUUUGUCCUGCCUUAUCCAGGUCGUAAAGAUGAGAAGUUGGAUCCACUCAGUUGGGAUGUUUCCUUGGAUGAGGGGGAAACUGUAAUUAAACCUGUUUAAUCCUU